CCGGAAGAAUUGAGCUGCGGGCUAUGUGACUGUUUGGAGCCGGGGCUUUCGCUCUUUCUCCCCGCGAUUUUAAUGUGCCCGGGGUUACCCCGGGAGACCGCGGGGAGGCCACUAGGAGAACUUUAUAAAUAUUUUUGUUUCGCCUGGUUUAAACUGGCCGAAGGACCAUGACAAACUGUGAGCGAGCUCCCCGCCUCAAGGAGGAGCAAGAAUGCACCGUACCUGCCCACAGCUCAAUAAGGUCACCUACUUCAGCUCAGUCCCGACCUGCCCCUGCGGUCUACAGCUGCCCACAUGACUAUCUCAGCCACGUGCCUGGAAAACUGAAAAUGCCGCCAUCCCUCUGGAGUAAAGCUGAUGUGGCACAGUGGCUGAAAUGGGCGGAGAGAGAGUAUUCACUGCAUUCCAUCGAAGACAGCAAGUUCGAAAUGAAUGGAAAGGCACUUUGCCUGCUGACCAAGGACGACUUCCGAUACCGCUCUCCCAGCGCAGGAGAUGUAUUGUAUGAAAUACUUCAGAAGUUUAAUCACAACAGGAGCUUUGCACAAAGGAAUCCCUUCAUGAACCCACCUGCAGGACAGGCCAUGCACACCCCUCAUGUAAAUCUACACAGCAGCUUCGAAGGUAUCCCAGAACUUAGACCAAUAACCCCGUCACCCAGAUAUGUGUCCAGUAGUUCCCCCAUGUUCCACUGUCCCUCCUCGACAGUCCAGCCAUCUGUUGGAAUCACAAGUAACCUCUUCAUGGACGACAGAGAGAAGAGCAACACAGUGCCAAUGCAGAGGUUCCUGUUCCACACAGACUGCAGAGUGCCUCGAAUCGUGAAUGCCAUGGUGAGCCGGGCCCCGCUGAGCGCUGGGUUUUCACUGGCCCAGGGCUCCCCCAGUAAGGAGAACGGUGCCAACCCCAACAGGAGCCACCACUGGGAAGAGCCACUAAACCUCUCGAGCAGAUCAGAAGGGAUGAGGAAUCCUGGGAUGGGUCCAUUACUUCCAGCACCUCAAGGAACCGCUGAUGGGAAAAUUGCAGACUGUAGGCUGCUCUGGGAUUAUGUCUACCAGCUUCUCUCCGACAGUCGAUACCAAACCUACAUCAGGUGGGAAGAUAAGGAAUCAAAGGUUUUCCGUGUGGUCGACCCCAAUGGUCUGGCAAGUCUUUGGGGGAAUCACAAGAAUCGAGCAAAUAUGACUUAUGAGAAGAUGUCAAGAGCUUUGCGCCACUACUACAAGCUAAACAUUAUCAAGAAGGAACCAGGCCAGAAGCUGCUGUUCAGGUUCCUGAAGACUCCAGAAGAAAUCAUCCACAAACCUGACAGGUUGGAGCAACUGGAAGUUCAGGAACAGGAUGGAGCAGAUUUCAAAGAGGACACCUUCGAACUGUCACCAUGACGAUGACACAAAGACGGCACUUGGCAAAACUCCGUCACGCGUGACUGGCAUCUGUCAAUCAUGGACACAAACCAACUUCUUUCCCCCUCUCCAAUGGUACUAAUGUGAAGUUUACCCCCGCAAUAGGGGACAGUGAUUUUUGUUUAAUAUUAGCACUACAUUGCAUCUAUGCACUGGUAAAAUGUAAAUUAAAUUCAGAAACUUGCUGUCACAUUUCUGAAGGGAAAUGGUGAAUAAAUUCUUA